UUGGAUACGUAACCGUCCGUUUCCUGUUUUGUAACGCAACCAACUUGUAUAUUACAAAAGAGAAAAUUGGUAAUUAUACAACGCUGCAACAAACCGGUGCGUACAGAUCCUGGUAGGGGUAAGGAUCGUUGUUGCUGCAGAAGUUUCAAUCACCAGGAAAUGGCUCACGUGUGUAUACACUGGUUCCGUAAGGGACUCCGGUUACAUGACAACGCAGCACUGAUGGCUGCACUGAAAGACUGUAAAGAGCUUUACCCUGUGUUCAUCCUGGACCCUUACCUUCACCACACCCAGGUUGGCAUCAACCGCCAGAGGUUCCUCAUUGGGGCACUCAAAGACCUGGACUGCAGCCUCGGGAAACUCAACUCCAGACUGUUUGUCCUUAAGGGGAAACCAGAAGAUGUGUUCCCAAAAUUGUUCAACAUGUGGAACGUAACAAAGCUUACUUAUGAGUAUGACACAGAGCCGUACAGUUUACGUCGUGAUGAGAAAGUGGCCAGUCUGGCAAAAGAACAUGGAGUCGAUGUCAUCUACAAAAUCUCCCACACGCUUUACAAUAUAGAAAGAAUAAUUGAAGAAAACAAUGGAAAACCUCCUCUAACUUACAAACGUUUGCAAGCAAUAGUGCAAAAUCUUGGCCCACCCAAGAAACCAAUUCCUGCGCCAACUUUGGAAAACAUGAGAGAUGUUAAGACUCCUCACUCAGAGAAGUAUGAGGACAAAUACAGGAUUCCGACUUUAGAGGAGCUUCAACUGGACUCAAAGUUUCUGGGAGAGGAGCUGUUUCCUGGAGGAGAACAGGAGGCUCUGAGAAGACUAGAUGAACACAUGAAAAGAACGGGAUGGGUGUGUAGCUUUGAGAAGCCACAGACCUCUCCAAACUCCCUGAGUCCCAGCACCACAGUCCUGAGUCCUUAUGUCACCUUUGGGUGCCUUUCAGCAAGAACGUUCUGGUGGAGGCUCACUGAGGUGUAUCGGGGGAGAAAGCAUUCGGAUCCUCCAGUGUCCCUUCAUGGUCAGUUGCUCUGGAGAGAGUUUUUCUACACCUGCAGCGUGGGAAUCCCUAAUUUUAACAAAAUGAAUCAGAACCCAGUGUGCACACAGGUGGAUUGGGACACAAACCAGCGAAAUCUAGCUGCAUGGAGAGAGGCUCGGACUGGUUUCCCCUUCAUUGAUGCAAUCAUGACCCAGCUGAGGCAGGAGGGCUGGAUCCACCACCUGGCCCGACAUGCUGUUGCUUGUUUUCUCACAAGAGGAGACCUGUGGAUCAGCUGGGAAGAAGGACAGAAGGUCUUUGAGGAUCUCUUACUGGAUGGUGACUGGGCUCUUAAUGCAGGAAACUGGCAGUGGCUGUCAGCAAGUGCUUUCUUCCACCAGUUUUUCAGGGUUUACUCCCCCAUUGCGUUCGGUAAAAAGACAGACAAAAACGGAGACUAUAUUAAAAAGUACCUUCCUCUUCUGAAGAAGUUUCCAUCACAGUAUAUCUAUGAGCCUUGGAAGGCUCCCCGCAGUGUCCAGCAAGCUGCAGGAUGCAUUGUGGGAAAAGACUACCCAAAUCCAAUAGUACAGCACGAACAGAUCAGCAAGAAAAACAUUCAGAGAAUGAAGGAGGCUUAUGCUAAGAGGUCUUCAGACAACAAUGAGUCACCUAUCAAAAAGCAAGGUGUGAAGCGAAAGACUCCAUCUGUCAUUGACAUGCUGCAGAAGAAGAUCAGGAAAGAGUAAUUGGACACAAUGAAGAAAAUGUACUAAUCACUUAA